CAAGCCCUGAGAACCAGCAGUUCAUCCCAUCCACAAGAACACCUGCACGGAGCAUAGAGCAAUUUAUAAUAAGGAGGAAGAUUAGAGCAAAGCAAAAAUAUAUAUCUUUCUUUUAAAAGCGGGACAGCGCGCGUAAUAUUGGAAGAGACACAUUAAAGGAAAAGCAUGAAGAAAAGCCAUUUGAUCAAACGGGGUCUUCAAGAUGCCAACCAGCCGUCAUCGCAACCGGACAAAGUAGGCUGGAUACGCAGGUUCUGUGGCAAAGGGAUAUUCAGGGAAAUAUGGCGAAACCGCUUUGUGAUGCUUAAAGGAGAUCAUCUGUACAUAUUUGAAAAAGAGAUGAAGAAUGAUGGAAAGACUCAUGAAGUGUUUGACCUGGCACAGUACGAGCGUUCAGAGGAACUGCGAAAGGCCAAGAGCCACAGCAAGAAGAACCACAGUAAAUUCACCCUGCUGCGCCGCAACCAACCUGGGAACAAUAGUCCCAAUCUCGUAUUUCUGGCUGUGAGUCCAGAAGAAAAGGAAUCUUGGAUCAAUGUUUUAAAUACAGCUAUUACCAGAGCUAAGAACCAUGCUCUGGAUGAGGUCAUGAUUGAGGAGAGUCUUCUGGCACACCCUACACGUGAUCGAGCCAGGAUCCCACUCGGGCGUCGUUUGCCCACGCGAGGUCAUCUUAUGGCUGUGGCCUCCUCCUCCUCUGUUAGAAUGCUGACACUGGACUUGGUGAAUGAGGAGGAUGCAUGUAUGCUUGAUGAUGAUUUGUGGAUGAAGGACCAUCAGGUCAGCCUGGAUAAACUGGCUCCUGGCCGUCGACGAGCUGGCACUGAUGUGUCCAGGCCAUCAGCCUCCAUUACAGAAAGCAAGGUGAAAACCAGCAGCUUGCCCCGCUGUAGUGAGAACAAGUCUCACACCCCUCAAAAUGGUAAGAAAAUGUUUGCUCAGGGCCGCAACCGCUGUGCUUCCAUGGAUGAUGCUCUGUCCCGAGGAGAGCGAAAACCGACCAAGAAGAAUAGGCUUCAGGCAACACUGGCCCAGAGUCCCACAAGUCAUUUGCAGGACCUGAUCACUCAGAGGCUGCGGAGGACUCAAGAGCUACUGGCUGAGAUCCAGGAACAGGAGCCCCAUAGAGGCAGGAUGGGAUCUUACCCCUACCUGAGAGGCAUUGACUCCCCCCGACUUCGCCAUCUCAAGGGCUCUGACUCCCCACACUUGAAGGGCUCAAGCUCACAAAGCUCUCCCCACAGUAAAGGCAUUGACUCUCCCUCAAUAAGGGCAAAAGAUUCACCUGGUUCCAUGAGGAAGGAAUCGCCUCACGUAAAAUCAAAGGACUCGCCUCGCUUUAAAGCAUCAAAAUCGGCUCAUUCCAGGAGUGCAUUUCGUUCCAAGAGCAUUGACUCACCUGAUUCUAAAGAAUCAAGUUCACCCCUUAUGAAAUGCAUUGAUCUGACCCACAUCAAAGGCUCAGACUCACCACUUUCCACUGGCUCAAACUCACCCCAUUUGAGAUCCACACACUCUGCUUUAUUUCGGAUCUGUAACUCACCCCAUUUCAAAGGCAUGAAGAGUACUGACUCUCCCCUAAGUGAAGCUCUGGACUGGGAGAGCAGGAGGGCAGCAGCUGAGCGGUUGUUACAGGAAGCCAUUUCCUUUUGGCGAGAAGCUAGAGAGAUACUGGCUGAGGUAAAGGAGCUACAAGCCAGACAGCAGCGGGCAGAGCAGAGUACAACUGAAACGACCACAACACCCUCACAGAACCGCAAGCAGAAAAACCCCAAACCAAAUCUUUAGCCAGUCAUAAUGCUGUCAAAGACUUGUGAGCCUUUACAAUGAAUGCAAGGAUGGAGAACAAUAGUGCCCUGCUUCAUUUAAGUCUGUUGUUUAUAUAUUAAUUGUCAUUCUUCUGACACCUCAACCCUUUGUCUUUGCACUUUGAAUUUAAAUUAGUAAUAUUACUUGUUUAUAAAUUUGACUCUAUUUUUAAAAGGAUAGUUCACCCAAAAAAUUUUAAUUCUUUAAUCAUUUACUCACCCUCAAGUUGUUCCAAAAAGAAAGAAUAACUUUCUUUUUUCAUUGGAACACAGAAUGACAGUGUAACAGGUAAAGGUCGGGCAAGGAGGAGGUGGGAACCGGCAGAACCAUCAAAAUAAUGUUUAAUGAAAACUUAAAAAGACAUAAACAUAAACACACAUGGCACCUGCGUGUGGCUCUCUCUCUCCCGAACUGCCGCUUCCAGCUCGGCUUUAUCCCUUUCCUCGGCUGAUUAGCCCAGUUGGGGGCCGGCCGUGUGCCCUCACAGCCCGGCCCCGCCCUCCUCGUCACAGACAGCCUCAGUCAUAAUUCACUUCCAUUGUAUGGAAGAUGCAAUGAAAGUAAGAAGUGACUGAAACGAUAAAAGUCAUGCAGGUUGGAACAACAUUAAGGUGAGUAAAUAAUGACAGAAUUUAAAUUUUUGGGCAAACUAUCCCUUAAAGGCUGCAAAGGUGUACUCUUGCCAUUGGUAAGAACUGGUGUGUGUUGUGUAGUUAGUAUUGAUUCCCUUUUUGCAGAAACAACUCAGGUGGAAAAGCUAUUUUGAGGAGAGCAUGAUGGAAAGCUUGGAGUGUUUUCUGUGAAGGCCAGCAGUGAUCCAAUCAUG